AUGUCGGAUGGAAACAAAGCUGUCAUUGCAGCAGAAAAGGAAGCUCUGAACUUGAAGUUGCCUCCUAUUGUGCGCCCCCCUGAAAACAUAGGUGUUGAUACACCAGCACAAAGUAAACUGCUGAAUUACAGAAGAUAUAAGGAGCAGCAGAAGACAAUUAAUCAGUUAGUACUGAAGUGGGGACAGGGAGAAAGCGAGAGUAGUAGGAAACGAGGAGACCAGGAUAUAGAGAUGAGAUUUCCCUGGGUCGAAGAUGGGGUGAAGUCUGUUGAUAGAGUUCCAGGACUGAGACAGGAUUUCAACUAUAUUUAUAUGAAGCAAUGUGUAGAAAGUAGUCCUAUGGUGCCUAUUCAGCAGGAAUGGCUGGAUCACAUGUUAAUGCUGAUACCUGAGUCUUUAAAGGAAGGGAAAGAAAGAGAAAAACUUGUUGAAAGUCUCAUAAAUGAGGUGUCAAGUGACUUUGAAAAAAGCAUGAAGAGAUAUCUGGUGAGGAGUGUUCUCGUGAAACCUCCGGUUAAAUGGCUUGAAGAUGAAGGAGGUCCUUUACCUGAAUCCCCUGUAGGACUGGAUUAUUCUAAGCCUUGGCAUUCUAGCUAUGUGCAGACAAGAAGUCAAAUAUUAGCUAAUUUGCACAUUGUUCAUCCAACUAUGAAAAUAUUACUGGACCUUGGUUAUACGACAUUUUCCAAUACGAUUUUGCUAGAUUUAACAGGAAUUAGAGCUAAAGGGCCAAUUGAUUGUGAAUCACUAAAAAAUGAUCUGUCAAUACAAGCUAGAAAGGCAGAAGAGAAGAUAAUGAACACAUGGUAUCCAAAGGUCAUAAAUCUUUUCACAAAGAAGGAGGCUCUAGAAGGCAUCAGACCUGAAAAAUGGGAUGCAUUUUAUAACUGUGUUUCUACACUUAUGUCAAAUCAGCUAAAGGAUUUCUUAAAGAGAACUGUAGAAGGAUUUGUGAAGCUCUUUGACCAAGAAGAUCAAUGUGGGCUGCCAGUAUUUAAGAUGGAACUGACAUUUGAUGAUGAUAAAAUGGAAUUUUAUCCUACCUUUCAAGAUUUGGAAGAUGUUGUUUUGGGUUUGGUAGAGCGAAUAACUGAAGCUCUGCAGAAUGUCCAAACAGUUCCCUCUUGGCUCUCAGGAACUUCACCAGCUGUAAAUCUGGACACAGAACUUCCUGAACAUGUGUCACAAUGGGCUGUUACUACACUGAAGGCAGCAGUACAUCAUAACUUAGAAGGUGCAAGAAAACAUUAUGAGACAUAUGUUGAAAAAUAUAAUUGGCUUCUUGAUGGAUCUGCGGUUGAGCUGAUAGAGACUUUCCAAGCAGAAGAUCAUACUUUUGAUGAAUACACAGAAUUUAUAGGAAGAUUUCUCAGUCUCGCCUCAGAAAUAAUGCUUUUGCCUCAGUGGGUUCAUUUCCCUAUGGUGCGUUUGGAUUGUGAAGAUUUGAAGACGGGUCUAACAAACAAAGCAAAAGCCUUUGCAAACAUAUUAUUAAAUGACAUAGCUUCAAAACAUAGAAAAGAAAAUGAAAGUAUCUGCAGUGAUUUUGAAGCAAUUAAAGAGCAUGCAUUAAAAGCCCCUGAGACAACAGAAGAGAUGAUGGAUCUGAUAUCUUAUGUAGAAAAAGCCCGGACUAUAGGGAUUCAAGAGUUGAUUUUACGGAUCAAGGAAUCCAAACGCCGAAUGAGUUACUUUUUAGAUGUUUUCCUAUUUCCUCCAGAAGACUUAGCUUUAAAUUCAACUGUCCUUAUGUGGCCUUGGAAAAUUAAUCCCAUCUUUGAUGAAAAUGAUGAGCUUAUUGAGAAUGCAAAACAUGAAAAAGAAAAUGAGCUGAUAGCCAAGAGAGAGAAACUGAUUUUGGAAAUAGAAAAGGAAUCACGCCGCAUGGAAGAGUUUACAGAAUUUGCGGAACUGGACCGCAUGCAACAGUAUGUGACAGAUGUAAGGCAACUACAGAAACGUAUUCAGGAGUCUGAAGAAGCAGUUCAGUUUAUUAAUAAGGAAGAGGAACUUUUCAAAUGGGAACUGACAAAAUAUCCUGAACUGGAUAAAUUAAAAGUGAACAUUGAGCCCUAUCAGAAGUUUUUUAAUUUUGUUCUCAAGUGGCAGCGAACAGAAAAACGGUGGAUGGAUGGAGGCUUUUUGGACCUCAAUGGAGAAAACAUGGAAGCUGAUGUAGAUGAAUUUUCCCGAGAAGUUUUUAAGACACUGAAAUUUUUCCAAAUGAAGCAUAAGAAAGAAUUGCAAGAAAAAAGAAAGGCAGCAAAACAGCGGUCUCUGGGAGAGGACAAGCUGGAAGAAGAACCGAAAGAGAAUCCUACUAUUAUUAUGUGCUCCACAGUAAUGGAGCAGAUUAAAGUUUUUAAGGACUAUAUCCCAACUGUCUCCAUCUUGUGCAAUCCAGGAAUGAGAGCUCGUCACUGGAAGCAGAUAUCAGAAAUUGUAGGCUAUGACUUGACUCCAGACUCUGGAACUACACUGAGAAAAAUUUUAAAAUUAAACCUUACACCAUACUUGGAAAAAUUUGAAGUGAUAAGUGCAGGUGCAAGCAAGGAAUUUUCACUAGAGAAAGCCAUGCAUAUAAUGAUAGGAACCUGGGAUGAUAUUGCUUUUCAUAUAACUCCAUAUCGUGAUACUGGAGUCUCUAUUCUUUCUUCAGUAGAUGAGAUUCAGACUCUCCUUGAUGAUCAAAUUAUAAAAACUCAGACAAUGAGAGGCUCACCUUUCAUCAAACCAUUUGAAAAAGAGAUCAAGGCCUGGGAAGACCGUUUGAUUCGAAUACAAGAAACGAUUGAUGAAUGGUUAAAAGUACAAGCUCAGUGGCUGUACUUGGAGCCCAUUUUUUGUUCUGAGGAUAUCAUGCAACAGAUGCCAGAAGAAGGGCGUCAGUUUCAGACAGUAGACAGACAUUGGAGAGAUAUCAUGAAGUUUUGUAAAAAAGAUCCCAAGGUCCUUGCUGCUACUUCUUUAACAGGUUUAUUGGAAAAAUUGCAGAACUGCAAUGAACUUUUGGAGAAAAUUAUGAAAGGGCUCAAUGCGUAUCUUGAAAAAAAACGGCUUUUCUUCCCUCGUUUUUUCUUCUUAUCUAAUGAUGAAAUGUUAGAGAUUUUGUCAGAGACCAAAGAUCCACUAAGAGUUCAGCCUCAUUUAAAAAAAUGCUUUGAGGGCAUUGCUAAACUGGAAUUCCUUCCCAAUUUGGACAUUAAGGCCAUGUAUAGCUCUGAAGGGGAGCGAGUGGAACUGAUUGCACUUAUUUCCACGUCUGCAGCGCGAGGUGCUGUGGAAAAGUGGCUCAUUCAAGUGGAAGAUUUAAUGCUCCGGAGUAUUCACGAUGUGAUCGCUGCAGCCAGGCUGGCUUAUCCAGAAUCUGCAAGAAGAGACUGGGUUCUAGAGUGGCCUGGACAAGUUGUCCUUUGUGUUUCUCAAAUGUUCUGGACUUCUGAGACACAAGAAGUUAUAAGUGGUGGGACAGAGGCAUUAAAGAAGUACUAUCAGGAACUCCAGAAUCAACUGAAUGAUAUUGUAGCGCUGGUAAGGGGAAAACUGUCGAAGCAGACCAGGACUACUCUGGGGGCUUUGGUUACAAUUGAUGUCCAUGCUAGAGACGUGGUCAUGGACAUGAUUGAUAUGGGUGUCUCACAUGACACAGAUUUUCAGUGGCUUGCUCAGCUUCGAUAUUAUUGGGAAUAUGACAAUGCCCGAGUUCGUAUCAUUAAUUGCAAUGUAAAAUAUGCUUAUGAAUAUCUUGGUAAUUCACCUCGACUUGUCAUUACUCCUCUAACUGACAGGUGUUACAGAACAUUGAUAGGUGCCUUCUAUUUAAACCUUGGAGGAGCUCCAGAGGGGCCAGCAGGCACAGGAAAAACUGAAACUACCAAGGACUUGGCUAAAGCUCUUGCUGUCCAAUGUGUGGUGUUCAACUGUUCAGACGGGCUAGAUUAUCUAGCCAUGGGAAAGUUUUUUAAAGGAUUGGCUUCUUCUGGUGCUUGGGCUUGCUUUGAUGAAUUUAAUCGAAUUGAGUUGGAAGUGUUGUCAGUGGUAGCUCAACAGAUCCUUUGCAUUCAGAGAGCCAUUCAACAGAAACUGGAUGUGUUUAUUUUUGAAGGGACAGAACUUAAGCUCAAUCCAAACUGUUUUGUAGCUAUCACGAUGAAUCCUGGCUAUGCAGGACGUUCUGAAUUGCCAGACAAUCUUAAGGUUCUUUUUAGAACAGUGGCUAUGAUGGUUCCAAACUAUGCCCUCAUAGCAGAAAUCUCCCUCUACUCCUAUGGAUUUUUGAAUGCAAAACCUCUGUCCGUGAAGAUCGUGAUGACCUACAGGCUUUGCUCAGAGCAGCUCUCCUCACAGUUUCAUUACGACUAUGGAAUGCGAGCAGUAAAAGCGGUUUUAGUGGCUGCUGGAAACCUUAAACUAAAAUUUCCAAAUGAAAAUGAAGAUAUACUUCUUCUUCGAUCAAUUAAGGAUGUAAAUGAACCGAAGUUUCUAUCACAUGAUGUCCCCUUAUUUAAUGGAAUAACUAGUGAUCUGUUUCCUGGUAUUAAACUUCCUGAAGCUGACUAUCAUGAAUUUUUGGAAUGUGCUCAUGAAGCCUGCAAAGUACAUAAUCUUCAGCCAGUUAAAUUUUUUCUUGAAAAAAUGAUUCAGACAUAUGAAAUGAUGAUUGUUAGACAUGGUUUUAUGUUGGUAGGAGAGCCUUUUGCUGCUAAGACAAAAGUUCUGCAUAUGCUGGCUGAUACUCUAACUCUUAUGAAUGAACGUGGCUAUGGAGAGGAAGAAAAGGUUAUUUAUAGGACUGUAAACCCCAAAUCCAUUACUAUGGGUCAACUUUUUGGACAGUUUGACCCAGUGUCUCAUGAGUGGACUGAUGGUAUUGUGGCCAACACUUUUAGAGAAUUUGCCUUAUCAGAAACACCUGACCGGAAAUGGGUUGUAUUCGAUGGUCCCAUUGACACUUUGUGGAUAGAGAGCAUGAACACAGUAUUGGAUGAUAAUAAAAAGCUUUGCCUUAUGAGUGGAGAAAUCAUUCAGAUGUCCCCUCAAAUGAGCCUCAUCUUUGAAGCAAUGGACCUUUCCCAGGCCUCGCCUGCCACUGUAAGCCGCUGUGGCAUGAUUUAUUUGGAACCCUCACAGUUAGGAUGGGAACCAAUUGUAUCCUCGUGGUUGAAUUCCCUGAAAGGACCUCUGCAAGAACCAGAUCAUCAAGCUCUUCUGAGAGGACUCUUUGACUGGUUAAUAAAGCCCUCCUUAAACCAGAGGUAAAAUUUAUUCCUGCUAAACUCUUUGGAUAAAACUAUAGUAACUAAAGCUUUAAAAUUCCCAAUCGUUUUCCAUAUUUCAAGGUAUUUUAAAUAUGUGACUUUAAAACUCACAUGUAUAUUUAUAAAACAAUUUUUUAACCAACAGGCUUCCUUCGUAUUUUCUUUGAUUUGGUCCAUUGGAGGGAGUUGUGAUACAGAGGGUCGGAUUGUUUUUGACACCUUCCUACGGUUAAUCAUAAUGGGAAGAGACGUAAACAACCCGGUGCCAGACUCUGUGGGUAAAUGGGAAUGCCACUUUGAUGAAAAAGGCCUGGUCUAUGACUACAUGUAUGAGUUGAAAAACCGAGGUCGCUGGGUCCACUGGAAUGAAUUAAUUAAAAGUGCUUAUCUAGGAGAAAAACAUGUCAAGAUUCAAGAUAUAAUAGUCCCUACAAUGGACACAAUUAGAUAUACAUUUCUAAUGGAUUUGAGUAUUACCUAUGCAAAGCCAUUGCUUUUUGUGGGUCCAACCGGUACAGGAAAAUCAGUGUAUGUGAAGGAUAAACUAAUGAAUCACUUGGAAAAGGACCAGUAUUUCCCUUUUUAUAUUAAUUUCUCUGCACGGACCAGUGCCAACCAGGUUCAGAAUAUUAUUAUGGCUAGAUUGGAUAAAAGACGCAAAGGAGUUUUUGGACCACCUAUGGGAAAGAAGUGUGUAAUUUUUAUAGAUGACAUGAAUAUGCCUGCAUUGGAGAAAUACGGAGCUCAACCUCCUAUUGAAUUAUUACGACAAUUUUUUGACUGUGGGAACUGGUAUGACCUUAAGGAUACAAGUAAAAUCACAUUGGUUGACAUAGAGCUGAUGGCUGCCAUGGGCCCUCCAGGUGGUGGAAGAAAUCCAGUCACUCCUCGUUUUAUUCGACAUUUCAACAUCUGCUCUAUUAAUACUUUCAGUGACGAAACUAUGGUCCGAAUCUUCUCCUCAAUUGUAGCAUUCUACCUUAGGACUCAUGAGUUUCCUCCAGAGUACUUUUUAAUUGGGAACCAACUUGUCAGUGGGACAAUGGAGGUAUAUAAACGAUCCAUGGAAAAUCUUUUGCCCACUCCCGCAAAAUCCCAUUACACUUUCAACUUGCGGGAUUUUUCACGUGUCAUCCGGGGCUGCUUACUCAUUGAAAAAGAUGCUGUGGAGAGCAAACACACCAUGACCCGCUUGUUUGUGCAUGAAGUUCUCCGGGUGUUUUAUGACCGCCUCGUUAAUAACGAGGAUCGAUACUGGCUGUUCAAUUUAAUCAAAGCUGUUAUAAAGGACCAUUUUAAAGAAUCAUUUGAUGGUGUCUUUUCACAUUUGAGGAGAGAUAAUGCACCCAUAUCUGAAGGAGACUUGAGAAAUCUCAUGUUUGGUGAUUAUAUGAAUCCUGAUCUUGAAGGAGACGACAGACUUUAUGUUGAAAUUCCAAAUAUUCAUCAUUUUAGUGACAUUGUGGAACAAUGCUUAGAUGAGUAUAAUCAAACUCACAAGACAAGAAUGAAUCUUGUCAUUUUUAGGUAUGUAUUGGAACAUUUAUCACGAAUAUGUCGAAUUCUAAAGCAGUCAGGUGGAAAUGCCUUGCUUGUUGGACUUGGAGGCAGUGGUCGUCAAUCUUUAACCCGUCUGGCUACAUCCAUGGCAAAAAUGCAGAUUUUCCAACCAGAAAUUUCUAAAAGCUAUGGUAUGAAUGAGUGGAGAGAGGAUUUGAAGGUUCUAUUAAGGGACGUGGGCAUGAAGGGCCAGAAGACAGUCUUUCUAAUCACGGACACUCAGAUUAAAGAGGAAGCUUUUCUAGAGGAUAUUGACAGUGUGCUCAAUACUGGAGAAGUACCUAACAUUUUUGCUGCAGAUGAAAAACAGGAAGUGAUGGAGGGUGUUCGUCCUGUAGCUCAGGCUGGCAGUAAACACUAUGAACUCAGUCCCUUGGCCCUGUUUGCAUUCUUUGUGAAUCGCUGCAAAGAUAAUCUUCAUGUUGUAGUGGCCUUUAGCCCCAUUGGAGAUGCUUUUCGGAAUCGCUUGAGACAGUUCCCAUCCCUCAUCAAUUGCUGUACCAUUGACUGGUUUCAGCCAUGGCCUGAAGAUGCCCUUGAACUUGUAGCUAUGAAAUUCUUAGAAACACUGGAGCUUACUGAGGUUGAAAGACGAGAGAUAGUUCCAAUCUGCAAACACUUUCACACUACCAUUAUGGAUCUUUCAGAAAGGUUCUUGCAGCAGUUAGGACGGCAUAACUAUGUUACUGCUACUUCUUACCUCGAACUUAUUGCCUCAUUUCGACAGCUUUUGACUAAGAGGCGACAAGCUGUCAUGGAAGCAAAACAGAGAUAUGUGAAUGGGCUUGACAAAUUAGCUUUUGCCGAGUCUCAGGUUGGAGAAAUGAAAAUGGAGCUUGUUCAAUUACAGCCCAAAUUGGAAGAAGCUAAAAUUGAAAAUGCACAUAUGAUGCAGAUUAUCGAGAUAGAGUCUGCACAAGUGGAAGCAAAAAGAAAGUUUGUGAAAUUAGAUGAAGAGAUAGCCAGUGGCAAGGCUGAGGAAGCCCAAGCUCUGAAAAAUGAGUGUGAGAGUGACCUGGCUGAGGCAAUUCCAGCCUUGGAAGCAGCCCUGUCUGCCCUGGAUACACUCAAGCCAGCUGACAUUACAAUUGUGAAAUCAAUGAAGAAUCCUCCGUCUGGUGUUAAAUUAGUUAUGGCUGCUAUCUGUGUCAUGAAAGAUAUAAAACCAGAAAAAAUUUCAGAUCCUUCAGGAACUGGAGGCAAGAUAUUAGAUUACUGGGGACCUAGCAAAAAGCUUCUGGGAGAUAUGAAUUUCUUAAGAGAGUUGAGAGAAUAUGACAAGGACAACAUUCCAGUGACUGUUAUGCAGAAGAUACGUGGCGAGUACCUAACAAACCCUGAAUUUGACCCUUCUAAGAUUGCGAAAGCUUCUUCUGCUGCUGAGGGUCUGUGUAAGUGGAUCAUGGCUAUGGAAGUGUAUGACAGAGUUGCAAAGGUAGUAGCUCCUAAGAAAGCCCGCUUAGCAGAAGCUCAGAAGUCCCUAGCUGAGACCAUGGAGCUUUUGAAUCAGAAGAGAGCAGAACUGGCAGAAGUAGAACAUCAUGUGGAAAAUUUACAAAGAACAUUUAUCGAGAAAACUGAGGAAAAGGCUCGUUUAGAAGAUCAGGUGGAACUCUGCGCUAAGAAACUAGAAAGAGCCUCAAAACUAAUUGGAGGACUGGGUGGAGAAAAAUCAAGAUGGUCUCAAGCUGCAGAUGACCUUCAGGUGAUAUAUGAAAAUUUGACUGGUGACGUCUUAGUAUCAGCAGGAGUAAUAGCCUAUCUUGGUGCUUUCACUUCUGGCUUUCGACAAACAUGUACAGAAGAUUGGAGUAUGUUGUGCAAGAAGAAAAGAAUUCCAUGUUCAGAGGAGUUCUCAUUGAGUAAGACUCUGGGUGAUCCAGUAAAAAUUAGAGCCUGGAACAUAGCUGGACUGCCAACAGAUACUUUCUCAAUAGAUAAUGGAGUGAUUGUUAAUAACUCCAGGCGUUGGCCCUUAAUGAUUGACCCUCAGGGUCAAGCCAAUAAGUGGAUCAAAAACUCUGAAAAAGAAAAUCAGCUUAGCAUUAUUAAGUUAUCUGAUUCGGACUAUAUGAGAACACUGGAAAAUUGUAUUCAGUUUGGAACUCCACUUCUAUUAGAAAAUGUUGGUGAAGAACUGGACCCAUCUUUGGAGCCUUUACUACUUAGACAAACUUUUAAGCAAGGUGGCAUUGACUGCAUCAGACUUGGUGAGGUCAUUAUUGAGUAUUCCUUUGAUUUCAAGUUUUAUAUCACCACAAAACUGAGAAAUCCACACUUUAUGCCAGAACUGGCUACAAAGGUGUCUUUGCUCAAUUUCAUGAUAACUCCGGAAGGACUUGAAGAUCAGUUACUAGGUAUUGUUGUUGCAAAGGAGAGACCAGAAUUAGAAGAGGAACGAAAUGCCCUUAUUCUUCAGUCUGCAGCUAAUAAGAAACAGCUAAAAGAUAUAGAGAAGAAAAUUUUAGAAACAUUAUCAUCUUCAGAAGGCAACAUUUUAGAAGACGAAAGUGCAAUUAAAGUCUUAGACUCUGCUAAAAUGAUGUCCAAUGAGAUAACAAAGAAACAGCAGAUUGCAGAGAAAACAGAACUCAAAAUAGCAGAGUCUCGAGAAGGCUACAGACCCAUUGCUAAACAUUCAUCAGUAUUAUUCUUCAGCAUUGCAGACCUGGCUAACAUCGAUCCCAUGUACCAGUACUCUCUCACCUGGUUUGUGAACCUUUACAUCAACUCCAUUCAUGACAGUAACAAAUCCAAAAUUUUGGAAAAGCGCCUACGAUAUUUAAAUGACCACUUCACAUACAACUUAUAUUGUAAUAUAUGCCGAUCACUAUUUGAGAAGGACAAGCUUCUGUUUUCCUUUUUAUUAUGUGCCAAUCUUCUUCUGGCAAAGAAAGAGAUUGAGUACCAGGAACUGAUGUUUCUUUUAACUGGAGGAGUAAGUCUUAAGAGUACUGAGAAAAAUCCUGACCCAACUUGGCUAUCAGAUAAAAGCUGGGAGGAAAUUUGUCGGGCAAGUGAAUUUCCUGCCUUCAAAGAACUCAGGGAACAUUUUUGCAAACAUAUAACUGAAUGGCGGGAAAUCUAUGACAGUAAAGAGCCACAUAAUGCUAAAUUUCCAGCACCAAUGGAUGAAAGACUGAAUGAACUACAGAAGAUAAUAAUUCUUCGGUGCCUAAGACCUGAUAAGAUAACUCCAGCUAUAACAAAUUAUGUAACUGAUAAACUGGGGAAAAAGUUUGUGGAGCCUCCACCAUUUGAUUUGACAAAGAGUUACUUGGACUCAAACUGUACCAUUCCUUUAAUUUUUGUGCUCUCUCCAGGAGCAGAUCCCAUGGCCAGCCUGCUGAAAUUUGCAAAUGAUAAAGCGAUGUCUAGAAAUAAAUUUCAUGCUAUUUCACUGGGACAAGGACAAGGACCAGUUGCAACAAAAAUGAUUAAAGCAGCGAUAGAAGAAGGAACUUGGGUGUGCCUACAGAAUUGUCACCUCGCUGUCUCCUGGAUGCCCGUAUUGGAAAAAAUAUGUGAAGAUUUUACUCCUGAAGUCUGUAAUCCAUCCUUUAGGCUUUGGCUCACAAGUUAUCCUUCUCCAAAAUUCCCAGUAACCAUCCUACAGAAUGGAGUAAAAAUGACUAAUGAGCCUCCCACAGGUCUUCGGCUAAAUCUCCUCCAAUCAUAUCUCACUGAUCCCGUUUCUGAUUCUCAGUUUUUCAGUGGAUGCCAGGGAAAGGAACUGGCAUGGGAGAAGUUGCUGUUUGGAGUUUGUUUUUUUCAUGCCCUGGUGCAAGAGAGAAAGAAAUUUGGUCCUCUUGGUUGGAAUAUUCCAUAUGGAUUUAAUGAAUCUGACUUACGCAUCAGUAUUCAACAACUACAGUUAUUUAUAAAUGAGUACAACACAAUUCCAUUUGAAGCCAUCUCCUACCUGACUGGGGAAUGUAACUAUGGAGGAAGAGUGACAGAUGACUGGGACAGACGUCUCCUCUUAACCAUGCUGGCUGACUUUUAUAAUCCACAAAUAAUUGAAAACCCUCAUUACAAGUUUUCUCCCAGUGGAAACUAUUUUGCACCUCCCAAAGGCUCCUACGAUGAGUACAUUGAAUUCAUUAAGAAACUUCCAUUUACUCAACACCCUGAGAUAUUUGGAUUACAUGAAAAUGUUGAUAUCUCCAAAGAUCUGCAUCAAACCAAAGUCCUCUUUGAGUCCUUGCUUCUCACCCAGGGAGGCUCCAAACAGACCAGGUCCUCAGGAAGUACUGACCAGAUUCUAUUAGAAAUUACUGAAGAUAUUCUCAACAAGCUACCGAAUGAUUUCAACAUUGAAACAGCACUAUUGAAGUAUCCUGUGAGCUAUGAAGAGAGCAUGAAUACUGUGUUAGUACAAGAAAUGGAAAGAUUUAACAAUUUAAUUAGAACUAUACGCAAUACUCUACGGGACCUUGAAAAAGCUAUUAAGGGUUUGGUCGUAAUGGAUUCUGCACUGGAGGCACUCUCUGGCAGUUUGCUUGUUGGAAAGGUUCCAGAAAUAUGGGCUGCACGAUCAUAUCCAAGUCUUAAACCCCUAGGAAGUUACAUCACAGAUUUUCUAGCCCGGUUGAACUUUUUACAGGACUGGUAUACUUCAGGAAAACCUUGUGUGUUUUGGCUCUCAGGAUUCUUUUUCACCCAAGCCUUUCUCACUGGAGCGAUGCAGAAUUAUGCCAGAAAAUAUACCAUCCCUAUCGACUUACUAGGAUAUGAAUUUGAGGUUAUUCCUUCAGAUACAUCUGAGACGGCGCCAGAGGACGGCGUUUACAUCCACGGGUUAUAUCUUGAUGGAGCACGCUGGUCCCGAACAAGUGGAUUGCUUGCUGAGCAACAUCCCAAACUUCUCUUUGACCUGAUGCCCAUCAUAUGGAUAAAACCAACUAAAAAGACUGAGAUUGUGAAGUCGAAUGCCUACACCUGUCCCCUUUACAAGACAAGUGAACGUAAAGGAACUCUCUCCACAACAGGACAUUCUACCAACUUUGUUAUUGCAAUGUUGUUAAAGACAGACCAACCCACUCAACACUGGAUCAAGCGUGGGGUUGCCUUGCUUUGUCAACUGGAUGACUAA